UCAAGUAUCUAUAGAAUUUUUAUUUGUUACUAUUAUAUACGAGUUUAUUUAUUUUUUUUUUUAAUUAUUCUUAUUUAACUAAAUCAACUAAUGGUUUAAAUAAAAAGUGAUUCUACAAUAUUAUUAUUUAAUUUUUUCUUCUUUAAUUAAAAAAAAAAAAAAAUUUAAAAUGCUUUUAUUCAAAAAACUUGGUAUUGCCGGUGGUUCGUUAUUUACUUUUGGUAUAAUAAUCGGUUACGCGUUUUUCCCGCCAUUUUUAAAGAGUCAAAUUAAAAAGGGAAUACGAUUGGUCGAUGGCUCAGAUAUGAAGGAAAUGUGGGUAAAAGUACCUUUUCCAGUAGAUUUUAGAAUUUAUUUAUUUAAUAUUACUAAUGCAAAUGAGAUAAAAACUGGUGCUAAGCCAAUCGUCCAACAAGUGGGUCCAUUUUUUUAUGAUGAAUGGAAAGAAAAAGUUGAUUUGGUAGAUCGUGAAGAGGACGAUACUGUUGAGUACAAAAAUAAAGCAACAUGGGUAUUUAAUCAAGCAAAGAGCGCACCUGGUCUCACUGAAGAUGUUGUAUUAGUUUUUCCUCAUGUUAUGAUUUUAUCAAUGAUCCUCGCGACUGUCAGAGAAAAACCAGCGAUGGUUGGUCUUGCGGCCAAAGCUGUCGAUAGUAUAUUCCAUAAGCCAGAUUCAGUGUUUGUCACAGCGACAGCACGUGAAAUACUUUGGACAGGUUUACCAGUUGAUUGUUCGGUCAAAGAUUUCGCUGGUAGCGCAGUGUGUGGAAUACUUCGUGAAGAUGAUUCAGGAUUUUUAAAAGACGGUGAAAAUUAUAAAUUUGCAUUAUUUGGCGCUAAAAAUGGAACUGUUAUACCUGACACAAUUAGAGUACACCGUGGCAAAAGAAAUUAUUUAGAGGUAGGGAUAGUGACGGAGUUUAAAGGUGAACCGAAAUUAAAUGUCUGGCCUGAAGAAGGGGACUGUAAUACUUUCAAUGGCACUGAUUCAACUAUUUUCCAUCCUUUCCUUUAUCAAGACGAAGAUGUCGUAUCUUUUGCGCCUGAUCUUUGUAGAAGUUUGGGUGCGAGAUAUCAAAGACCCUCUAAAGUUAAAGGAAUUAAGACAAAUCGGUAUACCGCAACCUUAGGUGAUAUGAGUACGGAUCCAGCUCUCAAAUGUUUCUGUCCAACACCGGAUACUUGCUUAGGAAAAGGAUUAUAUGACAUAUUCCCUUGUGUAAAAGCACCACUUGUCGGUAGUUUACCACAUUUUUAUGAUACUGAUCCACAAUACUUAACUCAGGUUGAUGGUCUUCACCCUAAUGAGGAGGACCAUCAGAUUUUCAUAGACUUUGAACCAAUGCUAGGAGCACCAUUGAGUGCGAGAAAGAGGCUUCAAUUUAAUAUAUUCAUUAUGCCAGUUGAGAAGUUUAAACUUAUGAAAACUUUCCCAAACGCUCUCUUGCCAUUGUUUUGGGUUGAGGAAGGUCUUUUGUUAGAUGACGAGUAUCUUAAGCCAAUUAAAAUGGUAUUUACAAUGUUAAAAAUUGUCGGAAUUAUGAAAUGGCUAAUGAUGACAGCAGGAGUAGGAUUAGGUGGAGGUGCUGGGUUUCUGUUUUGGAAAUCAACACAAUCUCCACAAAAACUUGACAUUACUAAGGUUUCACCAAAAACUAUACAAAAUGCCGGUGGCGAUGAGAAAAAAUGGCCGACAACUGUUAGCACUAUUCAAGGAAAUAAUGGGCCACCCUCUGUAGAAGCCUGAAAGUAAAUUAAUACUUUAAAAAAAAAAUCUCUCAAAAUGAAUCAGUUUGAUUUUAAUGUUUCCAAUUUAAUGUAUACCAGAAUUUUUAAUUAGUGAUAUACUUUUAAAUAAUGAUCAGUAGAAUAUAUUUUUAAAUUAUUACUGAUUUAUUUCGAGUGAUUUUUAAUAGUAUAUUGUGUUACAAGUGACAAAACGUCAUUCUCAGUGAAUAAAAAGUUGGCUCCCAACUUUUUUUCCUCUGUAAUAGCGUUUCAUCUUGAGACACACCCGCACGGAAACAUAUAUAUGCAGAAAAUAUAUGAAACCCAUACAUGACGUUUUUUUGCGCGAACAUAAAUUUAUAUAUAUUUAGAAUAUACGUUGGCAUAUAUGACGACAUAUACGCAAAAAUUAUCGGACAUAUUUAUAUGUCGCGCGCAUACAUGCAAUAUAUGACAUAUAGAUGGUACAUAAUUUUCACAUAUAUAUUUUUUUACGCGGGAAAUAUAUUUUUCAUAGUGAUUUGAAUCAAAGCUUUGAGCUUCAUUGUCUCAAGUCAAUCAAAACUCUCCAAUUUGAGUUCAAGACCAAUCCCAUCAUUGCAAACCGCAAUUAAUUAAAAAACUUUGCAUCAGAUAAUAUUAUAUUCUUAAUAAUAAUUUAAUUAAAGUAGAUUAGCAUUAAAAAAUUCAUUAUUAUUAGUUUUAAAUGUACAAAUAUGGUUGGUUUAAAUAACAUAAAGUUAAAAGCUAUUUUGGUGAAUGAAAAUAAGAUAUUCCAUUUCCAGGCGGCAACAAAAAAAAAAUUGUUAACUUUUCCUUAAAUUUAAAACGAAAAUUUGUUAUCAUGAUAUCAAUUUUUAACAAAUUCAACAAAAAGUCAACGAUUUCUUUUUGUGCCACUUGGGUUCCUAAAUCUGAGUAUGAUUUUUUUCGAUUGGCUAGACAGGCAUUGAAGCUCGAAUUUCAAAUUAAGGUAUGAAAGAAAAUAAAAAAAGAAAAAAAAUUUAUGGAAUUAUUUAUAUUAUUUGGGUUUAAGGAUUAGUGAGCUGUGAUAUCAUACAUUCAGUUAAGGAAAAAUUUAAAUUAUGUUGAUUAUUUAUAUUAUUUUUUUUCUUUAUAUAAAUUUAUAAUCUGAAAAUCUCUCGACACUUUUUAUUAAAUUAUUUUUUUGUUUUAAUAUAAUAUAAUAAUAUUUAUGUUCAGUAUAUUAUUUUAUAUAUUUAAUUAAUAUACAUUUAAAUGGUAUUACAAAUUAUAAUAAUAUUUUAUUUUAUUUUAUUUAAUUAUAUAAAUGUAUAAAAUCAAAAAUAAGUGUUGAGAUCAAUGUGUAUAUAACCAAUUUUAAA